GCUUCUGCAGAAAGAAAGAUAAAAUGAACCAAAAUGUACGGCUUUCAUAUUAAACGUUCUAUCUAACGUUUCUUAAUCUAUAUUAUAUUGUACAAAUUUUCUCCUUCAGGAACUUUCAUAUGAUUGGUCACAGAACGAAAAAAAGUAUAUAUACACAUAUACGUAUAAACAUAUGUAUAUAACUGAUAGUAAAUGAAAAAUAAUUUCUAUACCAUAUACAUCAUAUUUUUUCAACAAGUAAUAUUACCAAAUUUUUGAAAAAACAUUAACUACCAAGUUUCAUCAAUAGUUUCUAUACUUUUAACAAAAUAAUACAGCAUUUAUAUCAUUGCAGUAAACUUUAAUAAAAAACAUAUAAAUAUGUACAGGAUAUCGUAUAAAACCAUGAAAUGUAUUUAAAAGAUUUAAAACUUCUGGCGUGUUGAGAUGUACUCUUUAUUUUUUUUUGAAUCCUAAUAGUUUUUCUAAAUUGUUUGAAUUAAAAUCAGAUAGUAGCAAUACGAGAACAUUAGAUACGAUUAACCAUUAUUUCUAUCCAGAUGCAACUCACAUAAUAAUUGACUUACCAGUAAUUAAUAAAACAAUGCUACAUUUUUUGCUAAAAAAUUCAAAAUUUUUAUCUACUUUUAAUGUGUCUUUUGAUAAAUGAUACAAGUUUUUAAAAGGUGUUUUCACCAAAAUAAUCAAUAAAGAACUUCAAAUAAUUUUUACAUCUCUUAUUUACUGAAUAUGAAGACUAUUCAUAUAAAAAAAAAUGCUUUUUAUUUUAUUGACUUUAUCAAUACAAAAUCUCAAGUGUUCCAUUUCAAUUGUAAUUUUGGUCAUGAUAUAUACUAUUGUAAAAAAAAAUUAUUAUUAUUAUUUUACCUAAAUUUAAUAAAACAAUAUUGCUAUUUGUUAUUUUGAAAUCAACUUUUAGCUAAAACCCUCAAAUUUAACUUUGUAUUAGUACUGUAGCGUUAAAGUUCAUUAAAGUUAUGUAUGUUCAAUGCUAAUAUUGAUAGAAAACUUUUUAAAAAGAAAAUUAGAUUUUUUGUCUUUAUCGAGUUUUCAAGUAAUAUUAAGGUCCAGUAAUGCUAGCAAUAAACAACUGUGUUUGUCAAAGUACUCAAAAAACUCCGUAUGAAAUUGUUUUUGGUCAACCUGCUCGUCACGAGCAUGACUUUUGGUUGCAAUUACACAAGCAACAUAAAAAUAAUUUAAUAAUUGAUGAAGAAGAUUUACCUGAAUCAAUUUCAGAUAUGAUUAAUACAAAUGAUGAUAAAUUCUUAAAUGAAGAUUUCAGUAUUAUUUGUCCUUCUUCACCACUACCACUAUUAUCAACGACGUCACAAAUAACACAUACUAAGCGUCUAUAUGAGAAAUAUCAAUCUGGUUUGAAAAAAGAAAAAAAGUUUCAAGUAAAUGACAUAGUAGGAUUAAAAAUUUCUGACGUUGAUCGAUCGAAUUUAUCAGCAUCAAUUCUUCCAUGUAAAAUAAUUGAAAUCUCACAUAAAGACGAAGGUUUUAAUACACAAUACAAACUUGCUACAAUGAAUGGAAUAAUUAAUAAUUGGUUUUCAUCAGCAGAUAUUAUAGAUAUGUCGGAAACAGUUUCAGCCGAUUUGAGACAAUUAGAUACAAACAUAUUACCAGUUAUAACUUUUAUUCAAGCUUGUCAAGCGUUUACCAAAUUUAAGCCAAUUAACAUUUGUAAAUGUAGCGGUUUAUGUAAUACAAAACGAUGUCCGUGUAAAAGACAAUCUUUACUUUGUUGCACCAAGUGCCAUCGUGGUAAAUGUAUUAGUUGUAAAAAUAAAACUUAA